GCUGCGCGACCGACUUGUUGGUGGUUCACAUGAGAGCGAAAAAAUCUGCAGUGAUCCGGCUUGGCUCGUCCCUCGUUUCCCAUAGACCAUAUCAAUCGAAAUAGAUUCCUCCUGACGAUUUCAUGUACAUCCUAAACUGUGAUCCACCCGUUCUGUUGAGUGUUUGCGUUUUUCUUUGAACCGGACGACGUCAAAAAAAAUCAAAGUUCGCAAGGAGGUGACAGUUUGCUGCUCCACACCUGACUUCAUUGAAUGAGGUUCAACACCAAUUAGCAUUUGUUUUGGUUCGAUACCCACAGAAAAUUAAACACGCCCAACAUUCAGUCGGACGCAGCUGGACACGCAUUCAUAUAAAUCUGCAGGCUAACGGUGACGAGCUGGCGCAGGUUGCGGGUUGUCCGUGGAGAAUGCGAGACAGCGGCGGGAGCCUGGCCCAGAACCGCUGGCAGGGAGACCUGGGUCUGACCGCUGUGGGCCAGGACGACUCCGGAGGAGGUGGGAUUCCUGGAGACCACCUCAUAGUCCCUGUGUCAGGCAACAGUGUGCCCAGCCCCAUGCAACUCCGACUGGGGCAGAAAGAGAAGGCGUGGACAGGCGAAUAUGUGGAGGACGAUGAGGAGGACGAGGAUGGGGGGCUUGGUAGGGUUAUGGAAAUGGGCAAUGACAAAGAAGAAAAUAAUCUGGAUGGUGAGGACGAGGUAGAGUUUGAAGGCAAGGAUUGGGGUGACAAUGAGGAGGAGGAUGAUGAGGAGGAGGAUGAAGAAGAGGAAGGCGAGGAGGAGGAGGACGACGACGACGAUGACGGCGCCGGCGGCGACAACGGCGAGCUGGAAGAUGAAGGAGACCAGGCAGAGCUGGAGUGGGAGAUUCCAAACUUUCCCACCCAGUCCACGCAGCACCCACAUCACGGACCACAGCAGAAGGCGGACGAAGUCUGUGCUGUCCCGCAGGACGGCGUAUCGCAGGUCGCAGCGGGGGACCUGCUGAGGUCCCACCUGAGCCGGUCCCGGGCCAUGCAACGGCUCCGGCGCUGGCAGCGCCUGCGUUCCCACGGAGGCCUCGGCUUUCGGCUCACCAAGCACUGGAAGAGCUGGCGCCAGCGGGCGCAGUGGGUGUGCUCCCAGGGGUACCGGUACAGCCGCAGGGCCCAGCGGUCCCAUCAGUACGGCAAGCAGCGGAGGAUAAAAAGGUUUCCUCAAUCCCCAUACAGCGAGGAGGAGGAGGACAGCAACGACGGGAGGUUCACAGAGUCUGAGAGAGAUGAGCUCACAAACGGCUGCUCUCCCGACAAGCAAGAGGACAGAGGGAGGCGGGACAUGGAGGUGAAACCUGUGGAGCUGGCCCUCACCGAGGAACACAUGAGCUGUGUGACAGGUAUCCUUGAGGAGUCCCUAAAGCAAUACGGCAGUUUGAUCCCCAUCCAUGUGGACGACAUUGUGGAGAAGCUUCAGGACAUCUUCAGCGAGAGCUUCUUCCAGCCGCACAGGAAAGCAGUGGUCCAACACCUCAUACAAUCCUUCCAGCGCUCGUCCGGAUCCGCCCUGGCCAAAACAUUCAGAGUGAAUUACAAGCGCCACGUGCUGACCAUGGAUGACCUGGGCACUCUGUAUGGACAGAACUGGCUCAAUGACCAGAUUAUGAACAUGUAUGGUGACCUGGUCAUGGACUCUGUGCCUGAGAAGGUUCACUUUUUCAACAGCUUCUUUUACGAUAAGCUGAGGACAAAAGGCUAUGACGGGGUCAAAAGGUGGACAAAAAAUGUUGACAUCUUCCAGAAGGAUCUGCUGUUGAUCCCCAUCCACCUGGAGGUCCACUGGUCCCUGGUCAGCGUGGACAUUCCGCGUCGGGCCAUCACUUACUUUGACUCUCAGCGGACUCUCAAUCGACGUUGCCCAAAGCACAUUUUUAAGUAUCUGCAAGCAGAGGCCAUCAAAAAAGACCAACAAGACUUUUUGACGGGGUGGAAGGGCUUUUUCAAAAUGAAUGUGGGUCGUCAGAACAACGACAGUGAUUGCGGUGCUUUCGUGCUACAGUACUGCAAGUGUCUGGCACUAGGUCAGCCCUUCAUCUUUGGCCAGCAGGAUAUGCCACGGCUGAGGAGGCAAAUGUACAAAGAACUCUGUCACUGCAAGCUCACCCUGUGACACGGCACCACCCAACCCCACCCCCCCCAUCUCCACCUGCUCCCACCUCCAAACCCUAACUGGAUGGAGAGGAAGGUUCAUAUGACAAGAGGAGGGCAAGUGGAGCAAACGCUUGACUGGGAGAAAAAAAAGGGAGAGAGGGAGGAUUUUUUUUUUUUUUUUUUGCCAACAACCAGAGAAAUUACUUCUACUGUAGGUGAUGUCAUUGUUUUUUACCUUUAUCCCUCUCUCCUCGCUUUCUUCUCCACCCUUUUUUGAGAACUCAUGAUUUAAUUUCUAUCUCAUGGUUAUUCCUUUGUGGUUGACAGAGGCCAAGUCUAGCUUGAGUUUUGGGAACAUGCUUAUUGUCCAUCCUAUCGUACACCACUUUGAGCAUGAAGACGUCUGAAGGAUACGGUCCAGAUGAAGAGUUUGGACCACAGUCGGUCCAACCUGACUACUAUUUUUCAUGGCGGAUUAAUUUGAACCAGUCGACGUAAGCUUGUGGUGAAAUAGUACCAGCGGAUGUCCACGCCUUCCAUCAGUGUGUUGUGUUGAAACGAAAAGUGUGAAACUCUCAGCAAGAGCAACAUAAAGCUACACUUCCCCAUGCUACAGCCGAGGUCAUGUCGAUGAGUCCAUCUAUCCAGUCAGCACAUGUUUGCCAACGUAUAUUUGUUUAAUAAUUUCCUACAAGAUGUUAGAACAUGGGUACGGUGAGAGUGGAACUGAAAGUGCUGCCAUGUAGACAUCAGAAGACAACUCCGAAGUGUGAAGAGCCAUUCUACUGCAUUUUCCCUUUUUUUAUUUUACUGUGGGGGGAACAAGCAUCAAAUUGGCCACUUGCACUGGAAACCUCCUCUGCUUCCGUCACUCAUCCCCAAAAACCCUCCUUCAUGUGGGAGGCUGGAUUAGCAAACCAGAAUGACACAUUGGUCCAAAGAACGGACUAACUUUACGUUGCAUUUAUCUUUUUUUCCUGUUUUAUCUCAUUGAUAAAUGUGUUAUGCUUAUUUCUUCAAACAAAAGAUGUUAAAAGGAGGACUAAUUUGCGUCAUUUUGGGGGGGGGGGGUUCAAGAACUGAUCCUCUGGUUGGUAUUUCUUUGGAAGUUUGGGGCCACACCACAACAGAGGGAGAACGUUCAUAACGGAGUUACAGCACCCUGCUCUUUUCUUUUUUUUUUAUAACAAAAAAGUUGUUGAUAGCUGUGUUUUUUUUCGUUUUUUUCAAACA